UCAUCGAGCGAUUGCUUUCUUCUGAUGAGAAGGUGAAUAAAAAUUGGUGGGUGAAUGUUGUGUUUAUAAUAAAAAAAGUAUUUCCAAAAAGACCCAAAUAACUUGGCAUUUAAUAAAAACAAAAUCUGCAUAUUUGUACCUUCUGUGGCAUGAGGAAAUAAUGACGGAGCUAUAUUGUCUUUCCAAUUUUAUUGAUUUUUCACAAGCGCUCCACGAGCCGCUGAAGCACAGUAAUCGCAUAAAGUACACCUGCUUCGAUAUUUCUACGAAUUAUGUUAUUUUCGGAGCAUCUUCCGGUUCAUUGUAUCUCUUCAAUCGGUGUUCUGGCAAAUUUUUGCACCUCAUACCCAACAAGCAUGGACCGGUGACACAUUUAGCAAUAUCGGCUAAUGAAAAGUAUGUCGCAUUCUCCACACAACGCUCCAUGAUAUGUGUGUACGCAGUAAAUCUUUCUGCACACACAACCCCUCAAGUUAUCUACACGAAUUUAAGUAGCGAUCAAUCUCUGCAAGUGACGUGCAUUCAUUGGACCCAGGAUGAGAAACAGUUUUACUAUGGUGACACUCGUGGUCAAGUUAACUUGGUUUUACUAUCAUCUUUUAUUGGUAAAAGUCUACUUAAUAUGGGCGUACAUCCUAUAUUGUUCCUGGAAUCACCAAUUGUGCAAAUUGAUGACUUUGAAUCACUACUACUUGUUUCGAACUGUACCAAAUGCAUUUUAUGCAAUACUGAGUACGAGGAAUAUAAACAGAUCGGUAAUCGUCCACGCGAUGGAGCUUUCGGCGCUUGCUUUGGAAUAUCUACAAAUGAAGCUGUUCAGCCUUCACGCAUUUACUGCGCACGUCCUGGCUCACGAAUUUGGGAGGUCGAUUUCGAAGGCGAAGUUUUGCAGACGCAUCAAUUCAAGUCUGCUUUAGCCAUACCACCAGUAAAAAUACAUAAAUUCCAUGGCAUGGAAGAAGAGACGAUUGCUAAGUAUGAAGAAAAUGAUGAAAUGCUCGACUACCAACCCCAAAAUUUGCAAUUCUCAAAAGUUCAAAUGCUAAACAAGGACUUUAUGCUAGCAUUCACAGAAUUUGGCUUGUAUGUAUUUGACAUGCGCACAUCCUCGGUAGUUUUGUGGUGCAAUCAGUUUGAGCGAAUUGUCGAUUGCCGCGUAGUUGGAAAGGAAAUUGUGGUUUUUACACAAACUGGAUCAUUGUAUAGUGUGCAGUUAAAUCCGCUGAAAAUUCAUGCAUGUGCGCUGGUGCGUCAGGAAAAGCUUUUAGAGUGCGCUUGUUUGAUGCGCAAACAUGUCAAAUAUUUUGCUGAUAAAGCACGCGAGGAUUACGACUUGAAUAUACUCAAUCAAAUCAAGAAAUUCUUAAUUAAUCGUCAGGAAUUCGAAUUACUAAAUGAUCUCUCAGUAAUUUUUGAUGCCAUUAUGCAAUGUGAAGCCGUUGGUGACAACAACAGCUCCGGCAGUAGCUCAGGUGCGACGGAGCGCAGUGCAAGUGUUGGUGCUAUUGGCUUCCAGUACGUGCCAAAUAAUAAUCAUACACCACCGGCCAAAGAAGUUUACGUUCUAGAGAAUGCCUUUUGCGAAAAUAUCAAGCCCACAAAGGGAAGCGAAAAACAUUUCAAGGAUGCACUUCUAACCGUUACCGGUAAAUUUGGUAAAAAUAUUAUUAAAUAUAAGUUCAAUAUUUUCGCUGAUGAGCAGAAGAAAUUAGUGCGAGAGCUCAUACCAUCUAACGAACGUUCCAUACCAUUUAACGAUAUUAAAGCGAUGUAUGAAAAAGAUGAAGAGAUUGUUUGCCGUACGAAGAAAACUCACCAAUUCAUAGAUGCUAAAAAAAAUGCUCCCGGUAACGGACAGCACAUAAGUGCUGAGGAGAAGACUAUUUAUAAUUUAUAUUUAAUUUGCAAAAGUGCUAAAAUAAGCAAUAUUAAUUUUGUAGAACGAUAUCGCUCACUAUUCGACGAAUACUCGGCGAGUGAGUUGAUUGAUCUGCUAGGCAAGUUGGAAAAGGUAAUGCAAGAGCAUGGCGACAGUGUGGAACAAUCACGCAAAAACUGUUACGAGAUGUACUUUAAUUACCUGAACACAGAGCUUAUUUGGGAAAUGGACGAUUAUACGCGCGACUUUAUAGCAGAGGGUUUUGUGCUUCUAAACACCUCAACGGAUAUUGUGCGUUGUGAUAAUUGUGCCUUCCCUUUGCGUUUCGACAAUACUUGCGUCUUUCACGAAUUGGGUGCAGUAUUGCUGCGAUAUUAUUGGUCGCGUAAUGAGCAGGUGAAAUGUUUUGAUGUGCUAAUGCAGGUACCAGCACUACUGGAUGUAUUGGCUAAAUUCUAUAUGGCUGAAAAUAAUAUUGAAAAAGUUGUGCCGAUUAUUCUAAGCUAUCGACCAAAGGAAACUCCGGCAAUGACUAAAUCAUUUGAAUGA